AUGUAGAGAUACUAUGAAUCAGACAGAUUAUCCCAACUUUCAUAACCAACCAAGAGAUCAAAGAAGUACACGUAGAAUCAAUCAUUAAUGGUGAUGUCAAGACUGUGUGACAAUCAUUUCGAUAGGGACAUACAUGAGAAACCGUGGAUUUCCUUGGGAAUAUUCCGUUAUGAUCGGAUGAUCAAGUACGAACACUCGGAUGCUGGACUGUCGUACACGAAUGUGAAGAUAAAGAAGUUACGAACAUUUUAAGAGUUAUGGGAGAAGAAUGAGGAGAUUCACAAUAAGAGUGAGCAGCAUCAAGGCUUUAGGGAAUUUAGGGAGUUCAAGGAUAUUUCUGAGGAGGAUGUGAUUGUUACAAUUGAAUAUUGUACGAAUUGUCAUGAACACAUGAAUUCAACUAAGCAUGACGAAGCACGUUAUCUGUCAUACGCCUAAGCCCUCAAGAAUGAGAUCAUCUAGCGAUUCCCAAUCGUUAAAGUGAUUCUCAAGCCCUUGAUUUACGACCAUCUCGAUCAUAGUAUAGACACCAUGUUCUUGUAGCGUCGACUAGGUUGUUUUGAAGUCUAGGUGAUGUCCAAACAAAAAGGACAAGUCAAACAAGCUGUGAUUGGAUCCAAACUUAAUACUAAGGCAUGGCCAUAGACUUCAGUGAUUAUAAAUAAGUUGCCUUAAUAUUUUAAGAAGGUUUCAUUCAAUAUCGAUUUGAAAUUCGCUGGUUCUGAUCAGAAAUUAAAAAACAUUGAUGUCAAAAUACAACCCUAUCGACCUGUCCAAACUAGAUCCCAAAGCAUUAUGCUGACAUCCAGGUCCAACAGAAUGUUGCGACCCCAAAGUGCACAGACAAGGCCCAAGUCAGCCUAUUCCAAUAUUUCAGGACAAUCCUAAAGAAGUUUGAAAGAACCAACUGAGAAUCCCACCUACAAGAUCGAAAGAACCAAUUAGGAUGGUAGAAUCUCCUUAAAAAAUGUGCCUUUAGACGUCUACGAAGUCAUUAUAGAGGAAACCAACGAUUUUCUAAGCAAGACUCAACAAAUUAACCUAUUUUAAUUGAAUGCUGAUGAUUUGCCCCUUGAUUAAGAAAUUGAGUUGCAGAAACAAACACAUUCUUGCAUCGUCGUAUCUGUGCUGUGUCAAUUGGCGCCAGUAACCGAAUGUAAAGUGGAGAUAGUCCCAAUGAGAGGUGGGAAGGAUGCCAUUUUGAAGGAAUCUCCUCCAGGAACUGGGAAGUACGAGAUUGUGGUUGAACCUGAUGAUUUCAAAAUAUAUGUUAAGAAAAUGGGAUAUCUCGUUUUGAAAGAGCAAAUAUCUCCCAAGGCUGGAGUUUGUGAAUUCAAAUUUGAAUUAGAGAAGGCUAGAAAUCAAGAAGAUGGGUAUGACCCUGUGUAGGAUGCAUUGGAUAAGAAGCAUUCCAUAAAACCAUCAAGUGAUUUGAUGAUAAAGAAACCUAAAUAUUUAUAACCUCCCUCAACUCAUUAAAAUCAAAUUAAUCUUAUUUAAUUUCAGUUUAUAGAUUUGGUGAGCAAAUGUCCAGUUCCCAAUGUUUACAUUAAGGUUCAAGACGAUACUAAUAAUAAAUUGUACAGCUAUCGUUCCAAUGAGAAUGGUAUUUGCAAAGCUUUAUUGCAGAACAAAAUUACUAAAGGCAAAAUAUUCAUUCAACAUGUGGAAUACUAUGAUGAAAUACAAGAUAUCAACGAAUUGCACCCUUUGUCUGCAACUUCCAUAAACCACUACUACAUUAUACACAAGCCUCAGCAAUCCCAACUGAUUGUCUUGAUAGUCAACAAACCAAAUGAAGGAUUCCUGAAUUUCUAUAUAAUUUUGGAAAAUAAACAAGUGAUUCAAAAUGAUUCCGACAUUCAACAAUAUCAAAAUCCGAAAGAUGGAAUUCAGUUGAUCAGUUUCUUGAAUCUCUAGAACAAAAGAGAUAUUCUAUAAUUGGUCGCCUGUCUACCCAAAUUAAAGAUGGAUUCUAUUGAAAAAAUGUAUGUCCUGACUCCAAACCAAAUUGAACGACAUGAAUUACCUCAAUUACCUUAAGAACAAGGCUCAUUAUAUCCCUACUUCUGGAUCCUAGGGUCAUUAAAAGAACCAUAUGAAGCAUUUGAUGUGGUUAAUCAAAUCAUCAACACAACUCAGUUGAAAACAUAUCCUAAUCUUACCAAAUCACACAAAAAUCCACUAGAAGUAGCAUAAUGCGCAUUCUAAUCACCAAAUCUGAUUGUUGCUGCCAAUCAAAAUGGUAGUGUUAGCAUAUGGAAUUUGGACAGUUACUUAAUCGAUAUUACAAUUAAUUGCAAAUUCUCUGAUCAUGUCAAUACCAUAAUCAUUUGGGAUGAUGACAAUGUUAUGAUCUCUGAUAAUGCUGGUUCAGUAGUCUGGUUGAAGAAGGAUGACGAAACCCAAUAGUUCACCCUCAUAUAUACAUUGGCAAUCAACAAAAAGACUAAUUCCAUGUGCAAAGUAGGAGCUGAAGGAUUGGCUUUGGGAACUGUAGAUGGAGACUUGGUGCUAGUCAAAGUAGAUUUAAGACAAUUGCAACUGUAUAUUGAUGCUACUGUCUAAGUGGAAUCUUCCACACAAACUGUUGAUCCAAUCAAUAAGAUGGUUUCCAUUACAAAUGACCAAAUAGCCUUCUUGUGUGAUAAUAGCAAAUCCAUUUUCAUCUAUAAGAUUGAGAAGUCAUUGGAUAAGCCUUUGAGUGGAACACUCAUUAAACAAGCAAUAAUCAAAGGCUAUCUGAGUGGAGGAUAACCGAUACUCUAGAUCAUUUCGUUGGAUCAACGCUACUUAAUUUUUGGAGGUCUGGAUGGUGUAUUACACACUUUGAGUAUUGAUUCCCUAGAGAGAGGCCCAAACAUCAGUCUUCAUUCUAAUCAACAAGUCAAUUGUGUUCUGUAGAAUGAAGAUGGAGUCCUCAUCGCUCAAGGCAGUCAUAUUAGUUUUGUGUACUCUCCAGAGACUGUCAAUGAACUCAAGGUUACUAAUUAAAAGUACUUUCAAUCUCCAGUUGUGCUGUAUCAAGGAGAGUGUGUCUGUUAUGAAAAGAGAUUGCUUACCUUUACUAAGUAAGGCAAGAUGGUCGUUUGGUCUUUACAAGACAAACUGUUCCCUGAUAUUAGUAACUUUUUGAUGGAUACUGAAUUUCCACAUAAGUUAAAACCUAUCGAUAGACAAUAUCUAUUGGUAGAUGCCAAAAUCUCUAAGGAGAACUUCAGCAUUUAUUUAAUUAAAGAGAACGGAGAAAUCAUUAAAGAUUCAACUAAACUGAUUAAAUUCGAAAGAGAAGACACCUAUUUUUAUAUGGAAAUUGAUUAAACAUAACAAUAAGGCUUAUGGAGAUUGGGAGCAUAUCUUUAGAAUACAGAACUAAUCAGAUCAAAAUAACCUAAAAUAUACUUUAUAUCCUCACACGGAUUUUAAGUAUUAAAUUUUCCUUAAUAAAUUCCUAUUAGUAAGAAAUAGGCUUAUCAUUGGCUCAUUGGAACCUUAAUUCCCAAUGUAGAAACAUUGAAAUCUACUUCGCUUUAUACGGAUUCUUAAAUUGUUGGCAAAUUCCCAAGUUUGGAAAUGAGUAAACAUGAGGGUAAAAUCAAUCAAAUCGUCUUCCUUAAUAAAGAUGAGUUCAUUACUGCAGGGGAAGACAAAUAAGUUAUCAUUUGGAAUGCAUCGACGUUUGGAAUCAACAAGGUGUUGUAACAUGAGGCUGAAGUCUUAAGUGUUUAUGUACAUAAUGGAAUGUUGUUGGCAGGUAACAAGGAGGGAACAGUAAUUGGAUGGAAAUAACACGAUGGUAUUUGGUAAAUGGAUAUCAAAUUCAAACAUCAUGAAAAAGGAGUCUAUUCCAUUGUCUAUGUUGACGGUAGCAUUGUGACAGCAUCCGAAGACAGAAAGAUUCAACUGGUCAAUUUUGUAUCAUGUGCUUUGGAACAUGUGGAACCAGUAGACAGAACAUUUGUGAUAUCAUUGGUUGCCUAUAAUAAGGAUGUAUUUGCUGCAGGAUUCCCAGAUGGCAGAGUCAAAACAUACAAAAGAGAAAAAACAGGUCCAAAGAUUAUAUUGAAGACCUUAAGAACAGUUACUACAGUAAAAGUGCAACAUUUGUACAUGGUUAGCAAUAAUCAAUUAUUUGUGGGAGGCAUGGAUAAAGUGAGUGACUUGAUGAAUGUGGAUCAAGGAACCAAAUUGAAAACAUUAAAGGAUGGUCAUACAGGAUCCAUUUUAUGCAGCAUGCUCUAUUGCAAGCAUCUUAUAACUGGAGGUUCAGAUGGUAGAUUGAGCAUUUGGAAUUUCGAUAAAGGAUUGCUAAUCAAGACAUAUGAAUUGACUAAAGAAGAAAUUAGAGGAGUCUUUAUUGUUGGUAGACUGCUGAUUACUGCAAGUUCCAAUGGAAUGAUAAGAAUUUGGUAAGAGAUUUGCCCGUUUAUUGAGUAAAUACCACCUGAAGAAGAGCCAGAAUAAUAAUAAUAACAAUAAUAAUAAUAACAAUAAUUAUAAUAGUGAUUUAUAUUCAAUAAAAUAAUUAAUAUGAUCAUCAAUAA